AUGUUUUCGAGGCUCUCUAUCAAUUCGCAUGAUUCUAGUGACCAACCUUCGCCUUUGACGUCUUCCUCUUCGUCCUCUUCCCUGUCCGAAGGCGCGCAUCUCUCGAUAAACACCGCAGUGCAACAAUCUGAUGCCCCUGACUAUGCGAUUCUGUGCGUUAAUGGGUUAUCUUCCGCUGGAUUGUUUGAGGAUGCGGCGGUCAUUGCCCAAGGAUAUUUGCAUGAAAAACCAAAUCAUGCACUGUUUUUGAAGCACUUGGCCAAAGGAUUGUUUGAAACAGAACAUUAUAGUGAAGCUAGCCAGAUAUACCAGCGUCUGGAGGGAAUGCCGGGUUUGGCUGAUGACACAGAAAAGAAACUCUGGACCAUCGAAGCGCUUCUCAACGACCAUCGACCUGGUGCAGCACUUGAUGAAUUUCUCAGAACUCCUUCAUUAGAAGAAUCUGCUAGAGGUCUGUGUUUCAAAAGCCGCGCGUUGCGGAAAUUGAAGCAGCCCGCAGCAGCAAGAGCUGCCGCUGAUCAGAUGUUAGAAGUAGCUGGUGAAAAUGCCGUUGCCGACUAUUGGGUUGAGUAUGGGUUGGUGUUGUAUGAUUUGCAGGAUUUUGUAGGAUCAUUGAAAUAUUUGCGCCAGGGCGCAACAGAAGAUGUGAUCGAGUCUGCCCUGGAGCUAUCAGGUCAAGUAAAGGAAGCGGAAGAGAUGUCUCAGUCUCCGCAGACAUUGAGUCCAUGCCAUCGUCGUAAAAUAAUCAAUGGACCAGCUACCGAUUGGGAAGAAUUCAGGGGAAGAGCAAACUGGAUGAAGACACUCCCUGACUUGCGUGCCCUAGUGCAGGUUUCAUUUCAUAACUCUCUGCCGGAUCCAGAGGACUUGGCCAGUUGUUUGUGCAUAUUAGGUACCAGAAAUCGAGAAGGUGGUAGUCAUGAAGCAGCCUCCGCAUGCUUUGAAAUUGCACUCAAAAUUAAUCAUACAUCUGCAUUUGUGUUGUCCAUGUCAGCUACAAACCUUGCGGCCAACAUCCUUCCCAAUGAAUCCGACGAAGCACGUUUUGCACGCCUUCAAAAGGCGGAUGAUGUCUGGGAACAACUAUUGAAAAUUGGGCCCUACCCUGACGGAUCCUUCGAAAUUCCGCACGCCGAGAUCUAUCGCCGUCGUGCAGAACUAUGGAAAGGUAUCAAAAUAUCGUUCUACGAAAAGUACCUGUUCAAAUAUGCGGAAAUCAUCAAAUCCCCCGCAGAAUUUAUAUCGGUAGCAAAAGUGUUGAGGUCCAACCAAAAAACAGACGGUAUCAAUACAAUUGCAUACAAAGAACGUGCUGAAAGAGUCGAUCGGUUGUAUUAUGAAGCGCUACAUUCUGCAGAAUACUCACCCACUCAUGCCCCUCAAAAGGCAGCCUUAGUAUAUGGGUGGCGUGUUGACAACCUAGCAUAUGGUGAUAUUGAUCCCGAACGACAAGAGCGAUUUCUCCGACAGAAGAUGGAACUCGACGGUAAUCCUGACCGCCUGUUGAACUUUAUGGGUAAGGCAGGAGGUCGUGAUCGCGAAAUUUUACAACUGCUUGAGAGCGCUGAACAGAGGUUUGGUGGGAAGUACGUCGCGUUAGUCAAGGACCAAAGAAAAUAUCUCAAAACUAUUGAAAAGAUAAAAAAGACUUCUGCGAACAAAACACCAGAUGAUCCUCUUAAGCAAGAUCCGGUUCAGAGGAGUAUCAAACAAACACGCGUAGCAGCUGGUUGGCAUGCUUGGAAGGCACAAAAAUAA